GAUUGUUUUUACAAUUUGUUUACAAUUCGUUUGGAAAUAUACCAAAUAAUAAAAAAGAAAAGUUAAGAGUAGGAAGUGGAAGUCGACGGAUGCAUUGUAAUAGAAUUAUAUAAGAUGAAUCAACAACUACGCCUCUGUUUUUUUGUGUCAUAUAUAUAAUGUUCGUAGCCGGAUCGAUUUAUUCAGUGCGCUUAUUUCGUGCUAAAGAUGGGCAAGUGCGUGAAAUUUCUGUUCAUCGUCGUUACUCUGACCACAGUUUUCAUAGGUAUUAAAAUCAAGGAAUGCUUUAAAUCUCCACCUAUACCGACAGUGCCGGAACCCUACUGGGGCCCAGGCAAACAAGUCAAAGAUGGUACAGCAAUUAUUCCAUUUAAAAUAAACGUAUCCGAUAAUGUGUUAGUUGACUUGAAUCAACGCCUUCUCAAGCACAGAUUGAUUACAAGGUCUCUGGAAGAUUCCAAACACCAUUACGGUAUUAAUUCUGCGCUCCUCGGUGAAGUUGUUGAGUUUUGGAGAAAAGAUUACGAUUGGCGGAAGCGAGAAAUGUACCUGAACAAGUUUCCUCAAUUUAAGACGCGAAUUCAAGGACUCGACAUCCAUUACAUACACGUCAAACCUGAUACCAAUGUCCGAAAAAUUCCGCUGCUUCUGUUGCACGGAUGGCCUGGCUCGGUUCGGGAAUUCUACGAAAUCAUUCCGAUGCUGACUAAAGUGCAGAAGGAGAGGAACUUUGUUUUCGAGAUCGUAGCUCCUUCUCUUCCAGGUUAUGGAUUUUCUGAUGGCGCUUCUAAAUCGGGCUUAGGACUUGUCGAGAUGUCUGCGGUCUUGAAGAAUCUGAUGGUUCGUUUGGGUUACAAGAAGUACUAUGUUCAAGGUGGCGAUUGGGGAAGCGCUCUGGCUUCGACGAUGGGUACCAUAUAUCCAGACUAUGUAAAGGGAAUACAUAGUAAUAUGUGCUUAAACCUUAACCAUAUUACAUAUAUAAAGCUCUUCAUUGCAAGCCUUUAUCCGACGUUAUUCAUGACGGAUGAAGAGGCAAAACUGACCUAUCCAUCUUCGAGUCUUAUGUCGAAGGUCCUUUUAGAGACCGGAUAUUCGCAUCUGCAAGCCACUAAACCUGAUACUUUGGGUGUUGGUUUGAACGAUUCUCCAGUUGGAUUAGCAGCGUAUAUCCUGGAGAAAUUUAUUACCUGGACAAACGACGAUUACAAGAACCGUAUGGAUGGUGGGCUUAAAAUAAAAUACGACUACAAUAAACUCUUAGACAAUGUAAUGAUCUAUUGGGUGACCAAUUCGAUAACAACUUCGAUGCGCCUCUACUCCGAAACCCUCAACACAGCCCAAAAAAAAUACGGCCUAGAUAUGUAAAUAUGCAGAGGUUGAAUUUGCAACUUA